AUUAUUUUUUAAUAUUUAAUUUCAUUUAUUGUAUAGAAUAAUGGGAAGAAUUAAGAAAUGAAGAAAAAUAGAAAAAAAGAUUGUUUCCCCAAAGAAGUUCAUUGUAUUUUAUCAUGGUUGUUUAUUUCAUAUUCAUAAUAAGACUGAACUGACUUGGGCUAUGUAUUGUUUGGAGUCAUUUAACUGAAAUGCAACCUAGUGAAGAGUUCAACCAUGUCUUCCUGACUCAAAUCUUAACUGUCUACUGCAACACACUGAAUGCUGAAACAGAAAAAUGCAAACCUAAAUUUUAGGAGUAGAUUUCCACUGAGGAGGAGAUGUUGUUGUGUGCCUUCAAGUCAUUUCUUACUUGUGGCAGCCCUGAGGCGAACUGAUCCCAGGGUUUAGGAAGCUGAGAGUGUGUGACUUGCCCGGGGUCGCCUAGUGGGUUUCCAUGGUUAAGCCAGGAAGAAAACCCUGGUAUCCACAGUCAUAGACCAACUAUCAAACCACUAUGCCACACUUAUUCACUGAGGGCUUAUAUUCCUAUACAGUCACUCCUCUGUAUCCACAGAUUCUGUAUGCAUGGAUUCAACCAACCCUAAUUUAAAAAUAUUUAUUCUCCCCAUCAAAAAAGUAAUAAUAAUCCAAAAAACAAACCUUGAUUGUCCUGUUUUAUAUCAUGGACCCCAUUUUACGGCUUUACAGUAUACAGUAGAAUGAGACUUGAGCAUCCAUGGAUUUUGGUAUCUGUGUGUGUGAACCAAAGCUCAGCAGAUACUGAGGUCCCACUGUAUAAGUGUGCAUGUGAUUACAACCCUGAUAUUGUUGACUAGUUAAUAUGCAUCUGAGGAAGUAGCUCAAUAAAGCUUGUGCUGCAGAUUGUUUCGACACAGUUAUCUCAAAGAUACUGGUUAAUUUUAAUCCCUGAAGGAGGAGUACUGGUGAUGUAUGCGGUCUUCAACAUGUAUCACUCAAUUCAGUAUUUAAUGUUUCCAUCAGAAACAUAAUUGGUGCUAUAGCUGGGUGAAUUUUUUUAAAAAUUGAAAUGUUAAGGGUGAAAUCAAACCCUGAAGAAAUAUAAGGCAGAUUUGUACAGUGAGUUUUGCCCUUUCUCCUCCUCCUCACUGCAACCUACUGGCUUGAAGGUCUCUCCAGAGGGUUAGAGUGAACUGUUGAACAGUGUGAACAGCAUUGUUUAGGACAACAUUGAGAAGAAGGAAUUGUUUGCCUUUGGGAAGUUUGUGUGAUGGGGUGCAUGAUUCCUCCAGGUGAUUUGGGCCAUUUCUGCCUAUCCACUACAAUGGCAUAAGACACACAGCAGGAGCUGCUGCAUAGGACACACACUGGAUAAGGUUUUUGGUGGAUGUGGUAGGGGACUGUAAUACUUGAUUGAUACAUCAUGAUUGAUUUUACCAUGGCAAUGUUAAUAUAUAUUAAUUUAUUCAGAAGUAAGUCCAAUCCAAUUGUGUUUCAUAGCACUUUCUCAAUACAAUUGCAUUAUAAAAUACAGUGUUGCAUUGUAAGAAAGGCUGAUUUCCUUUCUUGCAUUUUGUUUUAAAUUUUAAAUGCUAACAUAUACAAAUAUGUGGUAAUGUAGUAUUUCCAAUAUAUUACAGUCAGUAUACCAAAAGAAUGAGAAAUGCUAAAGAAGAAGGAAGUUACCUCUUAGUGUAUAUCAUAACCAAAGAUUUCUAUACAGUAUUUGAUUGCAGAAACGUGAAUUUUUUAAAAUGUAUUUUUCAUUUGUUUUGCAAGCAGAAAAUGACUACUGCUAACAAAACACCUCCUGGUGCAGAUCCAAAGCAACUGGAAAGGACUGGAACUGUUCGAGAAAUAGGAUCACAAGCCGUGUGGUCACUUUCAUCUUGUAAACCAGGCUUUGGUGUGGACCAGUUACGAGACGAUAAUCUAGAAACCUACUGGCAGUCUGAUGGAUCACAGCCUCAUUUGGUGAACAUCCAAUUCAGAAGAAAAACAACUGUGAAGACACUGUGUAUUUAUGCAGAUUAUAAAUCAGAUGAGAGCUACACCCCAAGCAAGAUCUCUGUCAGAGUUGGAAACAACUUCCAUAAUCUACAAGAAAUUCGGCAACUUGAAUUAGUGGAACCAAGUGGUUGGAUUCAUGUUCCUUUAACCGAUACUCACAAGAAACCUAUACGCACUUUCAUGAUUCAGAUUGCUGUUUUAGCCAAUCAUCAAAAUGGAAGAGACACUCAUAUGCGACAAAUUAAAGUCUAUACACCAGUGGAAGAAAGUUCUAUUGGUAAAUUUCCUAGAUGUACAACAAUUGAUUUUAUGAUGUAUCGCUCAAUCAGAAGCUAAACACGGUUGUGCCUGGUUAGCACUUGGAAGAGGGCUAUCAUGGAAUACCAGGGAUCUCUUGGUAGGGGCCAGUGCCAGACCCUACUGGGCUAGAAGGACCAAUGGUCAGCUUUCUGUGUUCCUGUGAAGUGUCAGUAACAUUUUGUUUUCACUUCAGAAAUGCAGGCUUUAUUUCAGUUCAUUAAAAUUUACUUGAUCCUGGUUUAUCUAGAAAAAAUGAACAUGAAGGCUUAAGAGGCUUGCUGAUAGUAUGAGUGUUCUAGUCUAGAAUGAAGUCAAGAUGCCUGUGCUGUUUGUAGUUCUCACAAUAACCAGCUUUCACAUUAAAAUAAUUUUUUAGUCCUAGUUCUUUUUGGUUUAGCUUCUAAAUUUCAUGAGCUCUCACUGCACUUAAACAUUUCUCUGAAGUUUUUGAAAUUAGGCCUUAAUUUGCUCUGAGAAGUUGUGCUGUUAAAUGCUUAAAUACUUUGCUUCCUGAACAUGGAUUUCUGAAUUGGAGUUUUGGUAACCUGAGUGUAUGUGAAAUAGUCUUAUCAGCUGUAUAUUGGCAGUAGUUAUGCUGAGGUUAACCCUUACUGAUGCUAAAGUUAAUGCAUUACUAUGAUGUUGAAAUCAAGAAGUAUAACAAAUAUGUUUUCUCUUACAGAGUAAGGGGAGAAGAAUGAGUGUUGCUUUUUUUCAAAAGACAUCCAGAAACUCAAGCACUGGUAUAUCCACUGGUUGGGGGUUCACUAAAAUUCAAAUUAUGUAACAUUUGGCAGCAUUAACUGAAAUGGUAGGGAAGGUAGCAGGGCUUCCUGAGUCACAAUGCAAUUUUGGGUGGUUGUAAGCACAGAAUGAACAAUGAUGUAAAAUAUGCUGAGUAUGAAGUAUAUUUUAGCAAGUACAUUUUAGCCUGUCUUCUCAUGACAACAGCACACUGAACAGUGUAUACUUACUGCCCCCUCCAAAAAGAUUGUACAUCAGAUACAAGAAUGAUUUACUAUCUAUGACUUGCACCAAUGUAGUUUUCAGUAACAAAGAAAGUUACAAUCUUUGUGUAUGAACACUCAUCUUCACUUGUAUUUCUGUUUUUUCUCCUUUGUAUAUUAUCAGCAUUCUUCUGAGAACUGUAUAGGACUAAAUGCCAUCAUAUACUCCUAGGUGAGCAUGUUUGAUUGACUAAGCAGAAAUACACUUGAUCUCUUCACCUUUUUAAAGUGAUUAAGUGCCUCAGUAUCACAAAGUUAUUAGGGUUUUCUAGGAAGCCUAGUACCUUUUGCCACCUAAGUAGCAUAUUCAUGGGCAAGUAAGACAACCUUAGUGUUUCUGUGCUGUCACAAUAUAUGGCCCUAUUAUUGCUUGUUACCCUUUAGAAAUUCUUUAGAAAUUCAGUGUGUCCUCUCUCUUCACAUUGAAUGUGACAAGGUGAGAAGACAAAAACAGAUAACACUGCUUUCUGUAAUGUAUUUUAUGUACAGUAGUUUAUUACUUACUUUACUGUACCUUUUAAUCCUCUGCUUCUAAAUUUAAUAUGCCUGUUUCACAUCUUUGAUGACAAAGUUAAGUGAGGUCAUUUGAUGAUAACUAUGUCAUGUUAAUAAAUAGAUGGUAAUCCACACAUCAACUAAAGAUCUCAUUCCUAUUCAACCUAGAGGAAAUUUGAUUCUAGGUCCCAGUGACUAUGGGUUUGACCCACUUGGAGUGACUCUGCCUUUAGAAAAUGUGUCUUUUUGGCACUGUUGUAAAAGAAAUCUCAGGUAAUCAGAAUGAGAGAGACAGAAGCUUUUAAGCCAUAAGGCCUGCUUAUCAUAAAGAAUAACUUGGUAGCAAAGUAGUGCUUUUACACUAGCUGUUGCAUUGGUAAGAGUUACACAGCCAAUGAUUUUUAGCAUCCUGCUAUAGUUACUCCCUCUUACCACUUCCAACUGUAUCUUUUCGUACUGCUUUGGGUUCCAGUUUUGGAAGAGACUAUAUAUACCUCAGUUGUAGAGCUUUUCAUGUAGAAUAUUCCAGGUUCAGUAUCUGGCAUCUCCAAUUUCAACACUCAGGUAGCAGGUGAGGUGAAAAUCUUUCUCUGGCUGAAUCUCUGGAAAACUGCUGCAAGUCAGAGUAAACAGUAUGGGGCUAGAUAGACAAAUAAUUAGAUUGAAAAUAAAGACCUGUGUGCAUUUGCCUCCAUGGAACUCAGUUAAAAGUAGUCCGUUAUUGAAAAAGUAAAGACGUAUUAGUAAAUGUUACUGAGAUUGUGCUGACAAGCAGUGGACAUGAAAGAAAAGAAACAUGAUAAUGGUCUUCUCCAGAUAAUGCAUUUUCUGUAAAAUACACUGUUUUGCCAUUUUAUACAUAGUUUCCAACAUCUGAUUUGCAAACAAACUAUGUUUUAGGCAAACUGUUGUAUGUCUAGUUCAGAUGUAGCAAUAAACUAUGGUUUGCUGUGAACCAGGAAGGAGGUUUUCUGUUACAUGCAAAUCCCAUCAUAGUUUAUGCCAGUAGUAUUUUCUUAAAGAUCACAAAAUUUUCUUAACAUUCUAGAGUAUUUUCCAUUUUGUUCUGAAUUGUAAUUAUAAAAUAUUUGUCUAAUUAAUUCUGUAUUUUUAAAAUUCAUUUGACCUUUGCAUUAAAAUU